AUGGGUAAGACUAGAAGAGCUGCUAUCUUGCCUACCAACAUUAUUCUUCUUCAGAAUGUUGUGAAACGUGAUCCCGAAUCAUAUUACGAAGAAUUCAAAGAACAAUUACGCCACUAUGAAUCUCUUAGAGAUAUCUUUUUACUUAAUCCUCAAAAUACUGAAGCAUCUAACCAAUUUGCAGAUUUAAUAGGUUUUGUUUCUGCCGUGUGUCUGUGCUAUCCCAAAGAUACUGCCAACUUUCCUCAAGAUUUACGGGACAUUUUAACUCAAAACCACAGAGAUUUAAACCCAGAUUUAAGAGAGAAGAUAAUUCUGUCACUUGUUAUGUUGAGAAAUAAGAAUGUCAUCACCGCAGAAUGGUUGAUACAAACAAUCUUCCCACUUCUAACAGCUUAUAGUGCUAGUACCACGGGGCAAAACGUCAAGCUGUUGAGACAUCAAAUAUAUUCCACUUUGGUUCAAUUAUUAAAAUCGGUGAAUACUGGUGCUAAGAAUCAAAAGUUGAAUAGAUCCACACAAGCGCUACUUUUCAAUCUUUUAGAACAAAGAGAUUCUCAUGGUCUUUGGGCUACCAAGUUGACCAGAGAACUUUGGAGAAGGGGGAUCUGGGAUGAUUCUCGUACAGUUGAAUUAAUGACUCAAGCGGCUUUGCAUCCAGAUGUCAAAGUGUCUGUGGCGGGUGCUAAGUUCUUUCUUGGUGCCGACAAGGAACGUGAAGAGAACUUUGAAGAAGAUUCUGACGAUGAAGAAGGUUUUGAUAUGAGUGCUUUAAGACAUAAAAUGCAAGUGAAUAAGAAAUCUCUGAAACGGGGUAAAAAACUUGAAUCUGCCGUUAAGCUGAUGAAGAAGAAGAACAAGGCGGGCCAUUCAGCAACUUAUUUGAACUUCUCCGCUAUUCAUUUAUUACGUGACCCUCAAGGGUUUGCCGAACAUAUGUUUGACACACAUUUGAGUAGUAAAAACGCAAACAAGUUCAAUUUGGAACAAAAGAUCAUGUUUAUGAACUUGAUUUCUCGGUUAAUCGGUACCCACAAGUUGACUAUAUUGGGGAUGUAUACCUUUUUCUUGAAAUAUUUGACUCCAAAGCAACGUGAUGUGACCCAAAUUAUGGCCGCUGCUGCUCAAGCAUCCCAUGAUCUUGUUCCACCAGAACAAAUCAAUAUCGUUGUGCGGAAGAUUGCAGACGAGUUUGUUAGUGAUGGUGUUGCAGCAGAAGUUGCUUCUGCUGGUAUAAAUACCAUUAGAGAGAUUCUUUCUCGUGCUCCACUUGCUAUCGAUGCUCCAUUAUUACAAGAUUUGGUGGAAUAUAAGGGUUCCAAAGCUAAACCGGUUAUGACAGCCGCAAGAUCAUUGCUUGCCUUAUAUAGAGAAGUGGCACCGGAAAUGCUUGCUCGUAAGGACCGUGGUAAGACAGCUACUAUUGAGAUGUCUCUGGGAGAUGGCUCUAACUUGCCCCAGUUUGGUGUUGAAGGUACCACUGUAACUGGCAUUCCAGGUCUUGAGUUGUUGGCCAAAUGGAGAGAGGAGCAAGGUUUGAAAGGGGCUGACGGGGAAGAUGACGAAGCCAAUUGGGAAGUUGAUUCAGAAGAUAAUGCCAGUGAUGUUGAAGGUGAAUGGGUGACUGUUCAAUCUGACGUUGAAUAUGAAAUUUCUGACUCUGACGAUGAUGAAAGUUCAAAAAAGAGGAAGCGAGAAGAAGACGACGACGACGAUGUAAAGGAAGACGCAGAAAAAGACGAAGAGGUAUCUGAUUUAGAAUUAUCCGAUGAAGAAGACGAAGAAGAAGACGAUGACGAAGAUGACGAAGGAGAAGGUGAAGCAACAAAAGGUGGCGACGGGAAAUUACUUUCUAAGAAGGCUAAGAGACAACAAAAGAAGAUUGAUGAGAAACUUCGUCUGGUUAAACGAGUUAAGGUUAGUGUGAUCCAAGAGAAGAAGGAAGCCGAAAGAUUGGCAGCCGAGAGGGCCAUGAACGAAAUACUUUCCAGUAAGAUCUUGACGCCGGCUGAUUUCGCCAAGUUGGAAGAGUUACGCACAGAAGCUGGUUUGGUGAAGGCAAUGGGUGGUAAACAAACCAAUGAAGAAGAAGUUGAUUCGACUACUUUGGUUGGUAAGAUGAAGUACAAACAAUUACGUGAAGAAAGAAUUGCCCAUGCCCAAGAAGGUCGUGAAGGUAGAGAGAAGUUUGGUAGUCGUAAAGGUAAGCGUGAUGUUGCUCAUUCUACUACUAACAGAGAGAAGGCUAGAAAGAAGAACUUUGUUAUGAUGAUCCACAAGCGUGCUGUUCAAGGGAAGGCAAAACUUUCUCUUAGAGACAGACAAAAGGUUUUGCGUGCCCAUAUCACCAAACAAAAGAAGAAGGGUUAUUAG